ACACAGUACCUCAGUACCAAUUCUGAGGCCGGUUGCACCGCACGCGCGUCGGCUCCGCAUUCGCGUAAACAUUUACGUACAUAACAAUAACUUUUAGGGAAACAUUUCAACAAUAUUCCAGUUAGUAUUCACACGUUUUUCACCGCGCGUUAUCGCGAGUUAACCGUAAAAAGAGGUUUGAUUAUAAUUGAAAAAUUGGACAUUGCAGUUCUCGCCGUCAUUUGUUUUGAUUAGGAAACAUCGCGUUUCGCCGGUCAUCUAUCACAGAAAUCUGGAAGCUGUCUUCUACUUUCUCUCUGGCGUAACCUGGUGGGCGCGCGGCCGCUGGCGGCGUCGCGUCGGCGCGCGCGACUGCAAGCGGUCGCCUCCGCCCGACCAUGCGCGAGCGCGCCGAGUGCGCAGUCCGACCCCGCCGCGCCGCCCGACCGCGCGCAUCAUGCUCAACAUGAAGCUCAAGGAGCGCCUCGCGCUCGCCAUCAGCGCUUUCCUUGUCCUCUUCACCCUCAUGCUGAUAGUCGACAUUCAGAUGGACUAUGGGAUCUCCGGGCAGAGGGUCCCGCUGCAUGGCCGCGUCAAGAUCGGCGAUGACACCGACAAGGGGAAGUCGGCCUAUAUUGAAUUUCGGAAACGGUUUUUGCAAAAAAGUAACGGCAGUAAUGGUUCCCGAGAGUACGAGCCGAGCGAGACAAGCGGCAGCGGCGCCGACGCCGAGCCGCGGACGCCGGCGCCACCCGCCGACAAAUAUGAGGAUCUGCAGCGCAUCGUCGACUCGCAGCGGCUAGGAGCCCACAAUCAUGCGGUCGUCAUUCCGCCGCAUAAGGACCUCAAUGUGGUGCGGCCCGAGAACCCGACCAUAGGGGAGAUGGAAGACUUGGAACCUAGCGUGAACGCGUCCAACUUGGAGAAAUUCCAGCUACGGAUAGCGCAGCACGAGCUCUAUGAAGAAGGCGAGUCACUCGUGGAUGCCGUUGUUAAGGACAUGGUCACGCUACCUGUGCUGCACGCCGAGCAAAAAGAAGGAGGGACCCAAUUGAAGCUCAUUAUUGACUACCCCAACGGUAUUCAAGCGCUCUUCAAACCAAUGAGAUUCGCGAGAGAUGUGCAGACGUUGCCCAAUCAUUUUUAUUUUUCCGACUACGAAAGACACAACGCUGAAAUCGCCGCAUUCCAUCUCGACAGGAUACUCGGAUUUCGUCGUGCCAUGCCAGUAGUCGGACGCGUUCUAAACAUGACCACAGAGAUCUACGAUGUCACCGAGGGUGACAUUUUGAAGACAUUCUUCGUCUCGCCGGCGAACAACUUCUGCUUCCACGGAAAGUGCUCGUACUAUUGCGACACUGGGCACGCCAUUUGUGGGAACCCCGACAUGUUGGAGGGAAGCUUCGCUGCGUUUCUUCCUUCGUCCGAUUUAGCUGAACGAAAGGUGUGGCGACAUCCCUGGAGACGUUCAUAUCACAAACGACGAAAAGCCCAAUGGGAGUUGCAGUCAGACUACUGUGAAACGGUAAAAACUACGGCGCCAUACGACUCGGGGCGGCGGAUGCUGGACUUGAUGGACAUGGCCAUCUUCGAUUUCCUCACCGGCAACAUGGAUCGACAUCACUAUGAAACUUUCAAAAUGUUUGGGAACGAAACCUUCCCGCUGCACUUGGACCAAGGCCGCGCUUUCGGAAAGGCGUUUCACGACGAGCUGAGCAUCCUGGCGCCGCUGCUGCAGUGUUGCCUCGUGCGUCAAACUACGCUCGCCACACUACUCAAGUUCCACAACGGCAAACCACUUUCAGCGUCCCUUCGCGACGCCAUGAAGGUGGAUCCCGUCUCGCCCGUCCUCUGGGAGCCCCACCUGGCGGCCCUGGACCGGCGGACCGCCAUCAUCCUCGACGCCAUCCGCAAGUGCGUCCAAAAAUCCGAGGCCCCCGUCGACAACCACGAUGUGAACGACUUCGUAUGACCGCUAAAAACGCCUGUGAUGGAACUAAAAGUGUGAUAAAGCUAUGGUCUAAGAAUGGUAACCAGUCUACCCCGGACUUAGACUUAAGAUUUUAGUGCCAAAGAGUAUCCAAAUGACAUUGGGUGAACGUUUGAAGUCAUUCCACUGACUCUGUAAGAAGCCAUUGUACAAGCCAAAAACGCCGAUUUUUACGCAAUGACCAAUAGGUUUUACAAUUGGAAUCAGUAUUGAUUUGUAGGAAGUUAAUUUUCUGUAUAUAAUUUAAUAUAACUAAAUUAUUGUUGGGCAUGCGGAUUGCUGAUGGCUUGAUUGUGUUAGUUCAGGGGUCCUAGAAAUGUAUAGAUGGAAUUGUUUGACCCUCGAGUGGCACAAUUUUAUGGAUGUGAUAGUAGUUAGGACAUGGCUCGCUAUUGAUAAAAGAUUCUCGGUAAAAUUCUAUGGAGAUUCUUGGGCCACACUAAUUUAAUGGGGAUGGGACAUUGCGCUGUACAUAUUAAUAGUGAAAUGCAAUAGUUUAAGUUUAGUUUUACGUUAUAGAUUAUUUUGCUAUAUUUAGCUGUCGUAAUCUUUAAAAGCUAUAAGCUCAAGAAGACGGACAUAUCAUGGUGGCGGAGUUAGCUUCGUGUGAUAAAGUUGCGGAUUUUGUUGAAAUGUUUUGAUAAGAUUGACUAUAAUAGUAUUUAAGAGGCUAAAUGCUAAUUUGAAAAAUAUUCCCUAUUUAUCUGUUUAUUUUUUAUUGUUUCUUUCUACGCAUUUUAUGAUUUGUUCUUUUUUGUUAUUUAGUUCUGCUUCUUUAAUAAUUUAUUAAUUAAGUAUAAUCUAAUCGAAACCAUGCAAUUAGAAAUAAUAUUCAGUUGUGUAGAUCUCGAAGCGGUAUAGAGGGGCAUUCCAUUUGUUUCAAAAACAAUUACUGACAUGAUUUCUUUAAGGCAACUUAGUUAAAAGUAACGAUACCAACUUUUGUACAGAGCAGGCUAUUUUAAAACACCAUUGAACCAUUUGAACCAUAUGCCAAGUUUUGUCUGAAAACUGCUAUAGGUGGUAUAUCUCAUAAGUUUUACGAACGACCAAAAAAAAUUGAACUAGGCUCCUGUUCGCCGCAUUGUACCUACUAAUGUGUAAGUAUAGUUUAGAGUAAACCAAUGCAAAGUGUUGUUCUUUGUUCUAUGUUCGUUGUGACCGGCAGCUUUUAUUUUAAGAACUUCAAAUACCAUUAUUAGAGAAUUAAGGACAUUAAAAGACAAUACAAUGAGCUUCAUUUAAAGUGCAACGCGUAAUUUGAAUACUUUCCGUGAGUUUCGACAAGAUGUGUCCCGGAAAUUUGGCAUCACGACAGACUACAUAAGUAAGUAUACUUUGAAAUAAAAACAAAUUAAAAUAUUUACUGAAAAUAAUUUAAUUUGUUCUGAUACCUACUUCUAAUAGUACUCAUUGGUAGCGCCAUCUCUCUCGCUAGCUCGAUAUCACCUGAGUUGAUCCAGUUAGAAGGUAUGAACCAUACUGUUCUACCUUAGAAAGGCUAGGGGUUGCCGUAAGCCUUCAGUAAGAAAUGCAUAUACAUUGGAAAAAUUGGAAAAAUUCGACCAAUGCUGCCGUGACCCCGGUGGCCGAAUGGCUCAGGCACCUGCCGCGAUAGCAGAGGACGCUGGUUCGAUUCCAGCACUGGAGGCGUUGGUCACUUUUUCUUAGUAUAUGACAUUUAUUUCAGUUUAUAAGUAUACUUACUCGUACGUUUGACACUUGUUGUUUUGGUUUGCAUAAUUUCAUAAAUAGCAAUAUCCAAUUCAGGACAGAUUGACAAGAAGGAAGAAACAGUCCUAGUAAAAUAUAUUUAAAAUUAAUAAAAUGAAUUGUGGUAUCGUAAUGCUAGCCGGCUUAUUCUGUAUCUACAUGUGAAACGCGAGCAGUCGUUAAAGAUGUAUUUGUAUUUAUUAAAUUCAUACGUGCUGCUGUGUUAGUAUAAGUGCUACUUAUUGUUGUAAAGAAGAUGGAUGUAUGUCAUAUAUAAGAGAAGUCGACUUGCCAAAGAUGUACCUACAAUGUUUUAAGAUGUAAAAUGUAAGUAGGUAUGGAAACAUGAUUACUGUUUUCGAAGCGUGUUUCUGUUGAUCGUUUAUAAAUUAAAAUGAAAUGAUUCGA